AUGUACAAUCUGCUCCUUGUUAUACUCCUUGCAGCCAGUGCUUAUGGCUGUGGGCAGACCAGCUACCCUCCAUAUUCCUCGAAGGUGGUGAAUGGGAUUGAUGCCAGGCCCUACAGCUGGCCAUGGCAGAUUUCUCUGCAAGUCGGCUAUGGCAGUUCAUUUGGUCACACUUGUGGUGGAACCCUCAUUUCUGCAGAAUGGGUUAUGACUGCAGGUCAUUGUAUCUCUUCUGGACGUUCUUACCGUGUGAUACUGGGAGAAUAUAACAGGGAUGUAGAGGAGGGUGCAGAGCAAGUUAUCAGUGCUGCCAAAAUUAUUGUUCAUCCAGGUUGGAACAUAAACUGUAUUUCGUGUGGGGAUGAUAUUGCUUUGAUUAAGCUCUCAAAGCCUGCGUACCUCAAUGAUAAAGUUCAGGUUGCCUGCAUUCCUCCUGCUGGAGAUCUUCUUCCCAAUAACUUCUACUGCUACAUUACUGGAUGGGGGCGCCUCUACACUAAUGGUCCACUUCCAGCAAAGCUGCAGCAAGCUUAUAUUCCUGUCAUUGAUUAUGAACACUGCAGCCAAAGUGACUGGUGGGGCAGCACUGUGAAAACGACUAUGGUUUGUGCUGGAGGCGGCGAAAAGGCUGGGUGUAAUGGAGACUCUGGUGGGCCUCUGAACUGCAAGGGUUCUGAUGGGUUGUGGUAUGUCCACGGUGUGACCAGCUUUGUGUCUGCUUUUGGAUGCAACACCAUAAAGAAACCCACGGUCUGGACUCGGGUGUCUGCCUUCAAUGACUGGAUUGCCACGACCAUGGCCUACAAUUAACUGAGGAAAACAUCGACUUUCAUCAAGUUGUUCUUCCUUGAUGAGCAAUAAACUACAC